CAUCUUCUGUUCUGCGGACGAAACGGUGGUGAGGAUGGUGACAGAAAGCAAGAAAAGGAACCUAGCCUUCAUUGGAAUUUGUCUGUCGUCCCUGGGUGGAAUCGGCCAAGCCUCAAGACAAGUCUGUGACUGCCACGCCGGUGCUGCCAGAGCGACCGUGUGCCAGGAAUUGAUGCGGGUCCCUUCAUCCCGCCCCCUCCCUGCUGCUGGUAGUGACCAGGCUGAGUGGGUGCCCUGCCGCCCUUUGGGCGACAUGCUACUGUGGACAGCUCUGCUAUUCUUGGGUCCAGUUGUCGGGACACCUGAUCUUCCGAAGGCUGUGGUGACCCUUGAGCCACCAUGGAUCCAAGUGCUCCGGGGAGACAACGUGACUCUGAAGUGCCAGGGGGCCCACCCCGCCGGGGACGCCUCCACCCGCUGGUUCCACAAUGGGAGCGCCAUCCCCGAGCAGGGCCUGCCCAGCUACAGCUUCAAUGCCAGCCAUGAGGACGGAGGCCAGUACACCUGCCAGACAGACCAGACCAGCCUCAGCGACCCCGUGUUUCUGGAUGUGUUUUCCGAAUGGCUGGUGCUCCAGACCUCUCGCCUGGUGUUCCAGGAGGGAGAGCCCAUCGUCCUCAGGUGUCAUGGUUGGAGGAGCUGGCGUGUGUACAAGAUCACGUUCUUCCAGAAUGGAAAAUCCAAGCAGUUUUCCUCCACGAAUUCCACCUUCUCCAUCCCGCGGGCGAACCUCAGCCACAGUGGCAAGUACCACUGCACAGGGCUGAUAGGGCAAAAGCUGCAGACGUCACUGCCCGUGGCCAUCACCGUGCAAGGGUCCCGUUGGAGCGACUCCUCGGUGACGGCGAUGAUCGUGGCUGUGGUCGUCGGCACCGCUGCCCUGGCCACCCUCGCUGCCGUCGCGGCCUGGUGCCGCCGCAAGCAAAAGCAGAUUUCAGCUCCCCUAGGAUACCCUGAGCACAGGGAAAUGGGAGAGACCCUCCCAGAGGAGCCAGCCCAUCUCACCGACGCUGAAGACGCCACCAAAACCGAGGCCGAGAAUGCCAUCACCUAUUCCCUUCUCUUGCACCCGGAAGCCACAGAGGAAGAAGCAGAGGACCCGGAUUACCAGAACCACCUUUAAUCUCCGUCGUCUUGCCUGAGACCUGGGGAAGAGGAUCGGAGGGACCAGGGUGCCUGGCCUGGGCUCCCCUUAGGGAGGACAAGAGCCUGCUGCAGUUCCAAAGAAGGAAGACUCUUCCAGAGUGACCUGUGUGAACUCUGACACUCCCUGUCCUGAAAGUCACAGACAAUACAGCCCCAGAUGACUGACCGUACUGAUUCCUUCUAUCUCCCUUCCUCUCACCGUCAAGACUCUGCCGCACACAUUCACAGAGCAGAUAAAAAUUACAUUUAGUAAGAGAUUGUAGCAACAUGGGAAAUAUUUAUGUCACAGGCUACAUGAGGAAAAUUGUGGAAGUAAGUACGAUGUCAGAAAUGAUGAAAGAGAUGACAAAUGUUUGUUUCAGGGUGGUGGAAUUAAUUAUUGGUGCUUUCCAUUUUCCUUCUUGAUUUUUCUGUACAGAUCGUGUAUUCCUUUUAUAAUAAAAUACUCUAAAAAUAGCAUUCCUUUGGCCUUUUAAAGGCCAUAUUGUUUUGAGUGUAGACUGAUCUAUUUCUUUUCAGCAAUAAAAACCUUGGGAAGGUAGUGAUAGGUAGGAGGUGGAAGAAAGGGAAGAUUUGGGGUGUGGGGCGAGUGUCCCUCUUAAAACUGACUACCCUUCUCCCAGCAAAUCUGUCUUCUGGUUUCCACGUCUUCUUCCUUUUCCUCCCAGGGCAAAGAAAACAAUCACUUUGUUUUGCAAACCUUGUUCUCAGGAAGCCAAGCUUCAGAUGAGUCCUCAGGGCAGAUUGCUGACUCUUCCACCGGAUGUUCUCCUCUAUUUACUAUCUCGAUGUGACCUUCUUAGAGAAGCGAUCUCGUCAGGUUAGGAGACUGACAGCUGAGGGUUUGGUGGAUGCCCUUGAGCGGCCUCAUUUUCCCGGGACGCUAACAUAGCCUCCUUGAACAGCAUCCUUGUGCUCGGGAUUUAGCAGCUCCCUUUUCUUUAUAAUUUCCAUACCUUUGUAUGAUACAUUUUACGGUCUCACAAUCAGAUCUCACACUCAGUGUUAUAAGGAAUAGUAAUGCAAUUACUAGGUUAUCAAGGGCUUAUUUUCUGCCAAAGUAGGUGCUUUAGAAUUCGAGAGUUUCAGAGUAAUAGCCAUUCAGAUUUCUGCUUCCUAUUCACAUUUCUUCCUCCUGUUCACACGCUCUUGCUCUUUUUUAUGGGAAUAAUGUAUAUCUAUUUAUAAAUUUCACAGUAGCAACUUAUUUCCAAAAGGAAAUUUUGGAAAUUUCUAUGUAACUUAUUUUAGUUCACUACUAUUCUUUUUAUAAAAUUAAAAUACAGAUAAGCAAGAGAGAUCACCUGUACACCUACUACCCAGAAAUAGUCAAUGCCAACAUUUAAAGGGUGCCAAUCCACGUUCCCGUCUGGGGCAAUAGUAUAUGUAUUUAAAAAAAAUUGGAUCACAUCAUAUUUUCACAUAUUUUCAUAAAUACACGUGGGCAGAAAUUCAUGCUCCCUGUAAGCACAUAGCUCACGUAAUACAGGAAUAUCUAAAGUAAAAGCAAAUUCUCCCGUACACGACCCCCCAUCCUGUUCCCUUUUCUAUGGGUAACUGCUACGGAACACGUGGUGUGUAUUUCUGAGUUUUUUGGUAUGUAUCUGACACAUAUUUACAGUUUUUUAAAGACCAUAGAUGGGACCAUAUUUUACAUACACUUGCGCAGUUGGUUGACAGUGUAUUUUGAUUGACAGUAUAUUAUGGAGUUGUUUCCAUGGAACUUUUUUCUUUUUGAGGAUGAUAUGGUGUUCCGCAGUGUACCGACACUUUAAAUGUUACCAAUUUUUCAUUGUUACACACAAUGCUGCAAUAAACCAAUAGAUUUUGGGGUGAUA